AUGGAAUCCAACAGCGGUCAAGGAGAGGUUGGAGACAGCACCAUCAAAUCCGAGUGGUCGCUAGACUAUCUCGAAAAGCCCCACGAAAUAACCAUCCAUUGCCCUGAAGGAUAUCAGUUUACCACCAACUACCCGCAGGGAUGGGGAGGGCAAGUCAUUUGCUCCAUCUACAAAGAUCCCAAGCAGAUCACCGUCGCUGAUGCUGUUACGGCCGACGCCAGUCCUCCGACCGAGGAGUUUUGGGUCGAUAUUCCGUUGAACCAUUUACCGCCUGAUCAAAAGAUUAUCAAUGUCCAUACUCAGGGGUCGGUCUGGAAGCUUUCAGUCUUAAUCGAGGAGGAUCAUUCAAUCAAGUUUGGCAUUUGCCUCAAGUCGGAAGAGGAAAAAUAUGCGGUGUGGGGGGAGGAGCCUGAAAACAUGACGAAUUACGUUCGGGGGCAUGCCGAAGAGAGCCAGGAAGAAGUCAUCAAGAAAUUAGUCCGGGAGCUCAAGGGUAGAGUCGCAAUCCUCAAGGACAGAGCCAAGGAUAUCCUAUGUACCACUGAAAAACUGUGCAAGGAGGCUGAGGAGUUGAAGAAAGAAAGGGAGAAGCAGUAG